AUGGACUAUCAGAAUCGCGCCGGCUCAAAAUUCGGCGGAGGCGGCGUUGCCUCCUCCAGCGCCACGAAUGCCGACCGUCGGGAACGCUUGCGCAAGCUUGCGCUCGAGACGAUUGACCUUGAUAAAGAUCCCUACUUCUUCAAGAAUCACGUGGGCAGCUUCGAAUGCCGUCUCUGUCUCACUGUACAUCAGAACGAUGGAUCAUAUCUUGCACACACUCAGGGCCGGAAGCAUCAGACCAACCUUGCACGGAGAGCAGCAAGGGAGCAGAGGGAGGCACAGAAGGAUGGCGGUAUGAUGAUGGGCGUGGGAGGUGUGCAAGUCAAACGCAACGUCGUCAAAAUCGGGCGGCCUGGUUACAAGAUCACAAAGGUGCGGGACCCUUUGACGAGGCAGGUCGGGUUGCUGUUCCAGUUGCUCUAUCCCGAGAUUGCCGAGGGCACGGCACCAAAGAUCAGGUUCAUGAGCGCAUUCGAGCAGAAAGUUGAGGAUCCGGAUAAGGAUUAUCAGUUCCUUUUGAUAGCGGCGGAGCCCUAUGAAACCUGUGCUUUCAAGUUGCAGAGUAGGGAGGUGGAUCGCAGAGACAGCAGGCUAUGGGAAUGGUGGGAUGAGGACAAGAAGGAAUUCUGGUGCCAAGUGCUGUUCAAGACGGAGCGCGAUGAAAGAAUCGGCGAUGCACCUGGUCUGGCUCCGAAGCGAUGA